AUGAGACAAGUCUUGGUCAACCCUUUGAGUGGAUACUAUAUGCUUGGUGAUGUAUUUGGACAAAAGGGCGACUUUAUCACUUCACCUGAAAUAAGUCAAGUUUUUGGCGAAUUAUGUGGUCUUUGGUAUUUGACUGAAUGGAUGCGCUUAGGUCAACCAGAAAAGAUACAAAUCAUUGAAUUUGGUCCUGGUCGAGGCACACUUAUGAGUGAUAUGCUGAGGACAUUGUCCCAAUUCCCUCAAUUCUAUAAGACACUGACAGAUGUUCACUUAGUUGAAGCUAGUCCUGGUCUUCGAAAGAUGCAAAGAGCAGCUCUUGUUAAGGGAUCAGAAGAAAAAGAUGUAGUUCGUAUUGAAGGCAGUCAAUUCGAGGCACCUGUUGAAUCUAUUUCGAGACAAGACGGCAUCAAAGUAUCUUGGCAUGACGGCAUUGAGGUUGUUCCAGAUCAAUGGUCAUUCGUUAUGGCACAUGAAUUCUUUGAUGCUUUACCUAUUCACAGUUUUGAGAAAACUGAAUCAGAAUGGAGAGAACUCAUGGUUGAUAUUGAUGAUACAGAAGAAAGUUACAGUGUUAUGGAUAAGAUUACCAAGUUCCUGGACCGAAAUGGUGGUAGUGGUUUAGCUAUUGAUUAUGGACAAGACUAUAUUCAAGGUGAUACUUUGAGAGCUAUCAAGAAUCACAAAAUCAUCCACCCGAUGUCUGAUCCUGGCACGGCUGAUUUAAGUGCAGAUGUCGAUUUCUCUUUCUUAAAGAAGGCAAUUUCACAAGGAUCAGAUGUUACUGCUUAUGGCCCAGUUACACAAAAAGAUUUUCUGGUAUCUUUAGGUAUUCAAGCUAGAGUAGAACAGCUGUUUAGAAGUCAAAAGACAUCGGCCGGUAAAAAGGCAUUAUUGGAUGGAGCCGAAAGAUUAGUCAGCCCCGAAGCAAUGGGUAGAAUCUACAAAGUCUUGGCUUUUGCUAAAGACAAUAAUGCUUCGGUCCAAUCUGAGCCAGUAGGAUUUGAGGGGAAAAAUGAAGCAACAGCUGUCAAUGAUACAGAUAAACAUUAAAACCAAUCGAAAAUAGAUGGAGUUACCUAAACGAGUGUAUAUCGCCAUAUUAAGGAUUUGUACUUCACAAUAAUCAGAAUAUUUUUUUGAUUUUGUUUUACUUUUAUGGAAACACUUUCAUGCAUCCCCUAUUUUUAACCCAUAAUUGGUGACAAGGAUUUUUCAACUAAGUCACGAGCUAUUUUUUGAUGUUACAAGAACUGUAUCCUAGAUAACGACAGCUUAUGAGAAGU